GGGUGCGAUUACCAAAAGAGGGAAGAUAAAUUGCCGAUACGAGCUCCUCUCUUCUUCUUACAUCCUAGCUCUAAGCCUCUAACUCCUCUCCAUCCCCUACUCCCUGCUCUCAAAGCUCGAAAAAAGAUAGUUUUUUUUUCUUUCCUCUCUUUCUCUCCGCGGGGUGGGGGGGGCGGAGGGAUCCGUGGGCGAGGGUUUAGUGGGACUGUACGAGCUACAGAGAGAGAGAGAGAGAGGUUCGGACCCACGCGGUGGUACUGCGGCUGGGGCCCUGGAGUCGGAGGAGAAGCGAGGCUGAAGGCAAGGCCUUUGACGGCCUCUGGCUCUUGGAUUCAAUGGAAAUGGGCUGGAAUCUACGUUUGAUGGGAGCUCUGGCGUGAAGAUCUCGUGGGAGUUUAUAAAUGCUUCUAGUUUAAUCUUCUACUCCUUGGAUGCGCGGUCGAGAUGGUGGUUUUAUAGAUCAUAAGAAGAGCUUCCAAGUUUUACAGCGGAGUCUCUUAAGAGCUUGGAAGUUGUUUUGGGAUCUCCUGUACACAUAGAUUGAAUGAUGCUUGUUAAUCCAAAUGUUAAGGGCAUUGUGCAAUGGGGUGUUGAUUCUUUCCUUACAUUUCUUUGCUUGCGCUGCUGAAAUUGAAUUCCCCCAAUGCAAUUGUGACAGCGACAGCGGUUGGAGCGUCGAGAGCAUCCUUGGAUGCCAGAAAGUUAGUGAUUUUCUUAUAGCAGCAGCAUACUUCUCCAUUCCCCUCGAGCUCUUUUACUUUGUGACAUGCUCCAACCUCUUCCCCUUCAAAUGGGUCCUAUUUCAAUUUGGUGCCUUCAUAGUCCUCUGUGGACUGACGCACUUUCUCAACGUAUUCACCUACGAGCCGCACUCUUUCAUCCUGAUGUUGGCUCUUACCAUUUCCAAGUUCCUCACCGCUCUAGUCUCCUUCCUGACGGCAAUAACCUUGUUGACUUUGAUCCCGCAGCUUCUGAGAGUGAAGGUGAGAGAGAAUUUCUUGAGAAUAAAAGCUCGCGAGCUUGACCAGGAAGUUGGGCAUAUGAAGAGGCAGGAGGAAGCGAGCUGGCAUGUGCGAAUGCUGACUCAAGAGAUUAGGAAAUCACUUGACCGGCAUACCAUCUUGUAUACCACUUUGGUCGAGCUCUCAAAGACAUUGGAGCUCCAGAAUUGUGCAGUGUGGAUGCCGAAUGAUGACAAGACAAAGAUAAACCUCACUCAUGAGUUGAGACUGAGGAACUCUUCAGAUGUUUACAGGCUUUCAAUUCCAAUUGAUGACCCUGAUGUCAUGGAGGUUAAAAAGUCUGAGGGUGUGAAGAUACUCAGGCCAGAAUCUUUGCUUGGGUCUGCAAGUAGUGGAGAAGUGGAUGAAUCCGGACCUGUGGCGGCGAUUCGAAUGCCUUUGUUAAAAGUCUCUGAUUUCAAAGGUGGAACACCAGAAUUUAUUCAAACUUGCUAUGCUAUAUUGGUUUUGGUUCUCCCCAGGGAUGAUUUUAGGAUUUGGAGACAACAUGAACUUGAGAUCGUUGAAGUUGUUGCUGAUCAGGUGGCUGUUGCCCUCUCUCAUGCUGCUGUUUUGGAGGAGUCUCAGCUGAUGAGAGACAAAUUAGCAGAGCAGAACAGGGCCUUGCAUCAGGCCAAGCAGAAUGUCAUGAUGGCUAAUGAGGCAAGGAAUGCAUUCCAAAGAGUAAUGAGCCAAGGAAUGAGGAGACCUGUCCACUCCAUUCUUGGUCUGUUGUCUAUGAUGCAACAAGAAAAUUUGAUUCCUGAACAGAGGCUCGUCAUUGAUACAAUGGCAAAAACUGGUUGCGUGGUUUCAACAUUGAUCAAUGAUGCAGUGGAGAUCUCUACCAUUAACAGAGAUCACUUUGCUCUGGAGAUGAGGUCCUUCCACUUGCAUUCAAUGAUCAAGGAAGCUGCUAGUGUUGCAAGGUGUCUUUGUGACUUUAGGGGUUUUGGUUUUGGAGUCCAGGUUGAGAAUUUGGUGCCUGAUCGAGUUGUUGGUGAUGAGAGGCGGAUAUUUCAUGUAAUACUGCAUAUGGUUGGUAAUCUGUUAAAUGGGUGUGAUGAAGGAUAUGUGACAUUACGGGUACGGAGUGAUAAUGGAGUGGAAGACAGGCAAGGUCUGAGAUGGGCUCCAUGGCAGUCAAAAUUAUCUAGUGGGUGUGCUUGUGUGAGGUUCGAGAUCGGGAUUAAAAGAUUGCAAAGUUUUGAUUUGAGCUCAUCAGUUCAGCUUUCCAGGAGACCCAAUGGUGAGGGGUUUGAUAUGGGCCUCAGCUUCAGCAUGUGCAAAAAGCUUGUGCAGCUGAUGCAGGGGAACAUCUGGGCAGUUCCAAAUUCUCAAGGACAUCCAGAAAUGAUGACACUAGUUCUUCGAUUCCAACAGCAACCCAUUAUGCCAAACUCUGAAUUAAGAGGAUCUCCCAAGCACCACCUACCUACUCCCUCUCUGUUUAAAGGUCUCAAAGUUUUACUAACUGAUGAGGACGGCAUCAAUAGAGUUGUGACACAGAAGCUCCUCGAGAAAUUGGGUUGUUGUGUCUCAUCAGUUUCUUCAGGGAAUCAAUGCCUGAGAUGUCUAGGCACCUCUGGGACACCUUUCCAACUUGUUAUUCUGGACAUCAACAUGCCUGACAUGAAUGGCUUUGAGGUGGCCAUGAGAAUUCAGAAUUUCAGGAGUGGUUGCUGGCCUCUGACUGUGGCUUUAACAGCAAGUGUUGAGGAAGAUACGUGGGAGAAAUGUGUGCAGGUGGGAAUGAGUGGCCUGAUUCGAAAACCAGUUUUGCUACAUGUAUUAAAAGAAGAGCUAUUCAGAGUCCUUCAGAAUACAUAGAUGGAUCGCUAUUAUUUACGGAGGUAUUUAAGUUGAUUGCAGUGGUCUCUUCACAUUAGAUAAUGAUCACUGUUCAGAGAAGAUCAGGUAAUUUUCUCAUCUUUAGGCUUGAAUUGGUUUUUGGAACUAGUACCUCUCAUGGAUUCUGUGGUAUUGUGCCAUGAAAAAAAGGCAUCUCAUCUUAUUUAUCCUUGGCCAUCAGAAUACGGUACUCUUUGGAAACAUCCAGAAGGCAUUUGAUCUUAAGCCAAAAGGUUGAGAAAGAUGUAAACCUCUGGAGGCAUCACCGAUACAAGGCUACAAUUUCUAUUAGUACUGUUCACUUUUUGCACAGGUUUUCUGCCAUUAACAUCCAGUGGACUGAAGAAUCAUGGAGUGGGUAUUAGUAAUUGGCAAUCCAUAUUUCAGCAAAAUAGGCAGCUAUAGGAACAAAGAACACAGGGUUGGUCUGGGAAACUGGCGACAAUAGGAUGAUUUGGUCCCAAAGACAAAAUAAAACGGUCAGAUGUGGUGAUAUAAUGUGAAGGAUUUCUUUCUGACAGGUAUUUCAUUGGCUGGGACAAUGAUGUUGACCGGCCUGAGCAGAGCCUAUCUUAUAUUAGAGCCCCUACCAUGAGGCUUGCAGUGAAGCCAUCUUUGAUGUGAAUUUGGAAACGCAAACAGAAAGGAGGUGCCAUUAACUUCAUUUUGGUACGGAAAUCUCUCUUCCUUUUAUCACUGUUGGGCAAGAAGAAGUAUUUUUGGCAUUAAUCUUUAUAUUUGCAUAUAGUCGCAUUUUAUCUAAGCUGUAACAUAUGCUGAUAUACGAUAAGUGGUUGUCAGAAACUGGUCGAAGUGAGAAAAAAAAUGACUUCUUGGAAGUUAAUGUCUGUGCAAGGUAAAACUCAUGUUUUUUCAUCUUUUCAUCGAGAAGGGAAGAAGACUUGGUCGUACGAAACCAGUUUUGAAAUUUCUGCUAUGUGGCCUGCAGUCUUAGUAACUGAAGAAAUAAAAUCUUAUAUUUGGUUGCUCUA